AUGACUACGUUUCGUAGAAUUUGGCAAGGUGAGCUUCUCCUCCUACUCGGGUACUCCCUUUUGUUAACGGGACAGGUUUUCAUCGUCACCGGCGGCAAUAGUGGCGUUGGGAAAGAAUUGGUCAAAAUCCUCUAUCAGCACAAUGCUCGCAUCUGGAUAGCGACACGCUCCAAGGAGCGCACCGAUGAGGCCAUUGCCGAGAUUCAAAAGGCCCAUCCUAAGUCCAAAGGCCAACUGCUCUUCCUCAAGCUUGUGCUUGACGACCUUGGGACGAUCAAGCAGUCAGCAUCCGAGUUUGCCUCUCAAGAAACGCGUCUCGACGUCAUCUGGAACAAUGCAGGCGUCAUGCUACCAGCAGAGGGCUCUAAGACCGCCCAGGGCUUUGAAUUGCAGCUUGGUGUCAACUCCCUGGCUCACUUCCUGUUCAUCAAGCUCCUGACUCCGAUACUACAAGAGACCGCCAGAGCUGCACCACCGCGAAGUGUCCGUAUUGUUUGGGUGUCUUCUAUGUCAGCUGACUUCGCACCCAAGCCGGCCAUCGACCUUGGCAACAUGGACUAUCACAAGGAAGAGGACAACAUGACGAAAUAUAAUCGGUCAAAGGUUGGCAACUUGAUACAUGCCGCUGAAUUUGACAGGCGAUUUCCGGAGAGCAAUAUUAUCAGUGUGCGGAACUUUGGUGCCGCCCAAAAGUUCCAGGUUAAGCUAAUGGGAAAGCCUGCCAAGUAUGGAGCGUACACUGAAUUGUUUGCGGGGCUUGACUCUUCGAUCACGUCGAAGGAUAAGUGGAUCACUCCAUUCGGGAGGCGAGAGGAGCCCCGAGCAGACAUCGUCGAACCUGAGCUGGGGAAAAGGUACUGGGACUGGUGCGAGGAUCAGGUCAGGUCUUUUUCCUAG